AUGCACCCACACCUUCAGCACCAGACACCUCAGAGCCACCUACAGCAUCAACAGAACACAGGAGCCAGCCAUUUAGGUCCCAUGCACAUUCCUCCUCCUAGUCAUUCUCCUGCCAGCACUCCACCUACAUAUUCUCCGACACACAUACACUCAGCUCAUGCCAUGAGGAAUACUUCAACACCGCCACCAGUUCCUCCCACACCCUUGACAAAUAUACUCCCACCUCAAGUGUCCAGCUCCUCCCCCUUGCACCACUCGCCGCAGAAUGUUCAACCCACCCACCCCAGUGCCACUACCCCUCCUCCUCCCCCUCCCAUUCACAACCCUCAGUAUAAGCCAGCUCAUCACCACCACCAUCACAGCAUAAGCCACCACCACGGACAAAGCCACCAUGCUCCCACCAACGGGCGCGUGUCAUUCUCAAGGCCCGUCGUCAAGCCUCCCCCUCUGGUCCUGGCAAGACAGAGGCUCUCAAGCAUUGAACUUCCUGAUGUCCUCACCCCUGAACCUCCUCAACUUGCAGCCACACGAAACAAUUUCAUAAUUCACUUCAAGUGA